UGUCAAUGUCAACAACAGUCAAGAAUUGAUCAAUAUAUUGCGAAAAUUUCGAAAACUAACCUAAAAUGUUAAAAUGAAUGAAAUAUUAGCUUUAUAUUUGCUAAAUAUGUAAAAAAAAAUAUAUAUUAUAUUGUUGUUAAACCAUUUGCGGAAAAGUGUAGUUAUCUUUUACUUACAUUAAUAUGAUAUUAAAUAUGUUAAGAGCUGUUUCUAGUAUUUAUAUUGAGAGCCAGGCUUUGGCGACCGCUAGACGUGAUGUUUUUAAAUUAUUUCGCACGGCAGGUUAUGCUGGUAUAUCCACAAACCAGACAGUACUGACAGAAGCAAGUCCACAAACAAAGUCUGCCGUCUCAUCAGUGGAUUCUCCCACACAUUCUGCACCUCCACCACCCCCACCUCCGAACCCGCCGCGCAGAGGAUGGGUGGCCGCUGCGGCUUUUGCUCUCACAGCAUCAGUUGGAGGAGUGUACUUUAUCCGGAAGUUGAACACAUCAGAGGAGCAGCCGCUACUGACUGAGAAAAAAGUUGCAGAAGUGACCAAGAAGGAGGACCCACCGAUUCCGGCGAGCCCCGAGGGCCUUCCACAGCAUGUGGACUACCUCGUGGUGGGCGCGGGCACGGCGGCGUUCGCGGCGCUGCGGGCCAUCCGCAGCCUGCGUCCCGACGCCCGCGUUCUUCUGGUGGGCGACGAGCACGCUCUGCCCUACAUGCGCCCGCCCCUCACCAAGGAGCUGUGGGGGGAGCCCGACCUGGCCAAGAAAGCUAUAGACCCCGAUACCUUAAUAUUCACACAGUGGAACGGCAAGAAGAGAAGGCUAGCGUACGAGCCGAGCGUGUUCUACACGGCGGCGGAGAAGCUGCGCGAGGGCGCGGCGGGCGCGGGCGUGGCGCGCGGCUGGACCGUGCGCGCGCUGGACGUGGCGGCGCACGAGGCGCAGCUGGCCGCCGCCGGGCACACCGCCACGCUCACCUACGGCAAGUGCCUCAUAGCCACAGGCGUGCGCAGUGCGCGGUCGGCGGUGCUGCGCGGUGCGCGCGAGGCGGGGCUGGCGCUGGGCGUGCGCACGGCGCGCGAGGCGGCGCGGCUGGCGGAGCGGCUGGAGCGCGCGCCGGCGGGGGAGGUGGCGGUCGUGGGCGGCGGCCCCUACGCCUGUGAAAUGGCCGCAGGACUGGCGCACGCGCUGCGCGAGACGGACAAGUCGGUGGUGAUGGUGUACAAGGAGGAGGCGCCGCUGGCGCAGCUGCUGCCGCGGCACCUGGCGCUGGACGCCGCGCGUCGCCUGCGCCGCCUCGGCGUGCGUCUGCUGCCGCACACGGAGGUGACGGACAGCAGCGUGAGGUCCGACCGCGUGCGGCUGCAGCUGACGCGGCUGGCGGGCGAGGAGGCGCAGCAGCAGGGGGAGGAGCGGGGGGAGGAGCAGGGAGCGGAGCGCACGCUGGAGGCGGGGCUGGUGGUGGAGUGCAUGGGCAGCGAGGCGAACGUGGAAGUGGCGCGCGCGGCGGGGCUGGAGGUGCACCCCGAGCUGGGCGGCAUCGUGGUGAACGCGGAGAUGCAGGCGCGCACGGACGUGUUCGCGGCGGGCGACGUGGCGUGCUACUUCGAGCCGGCGCUGGGGCGGAGGCGCGCGCUGCGGCACGACCACGCGGUGGCGUCGGGCCGGCUGGCGGGCACCAACAUGGCCGGGGACGCGCCGCGCGCCUACACGCACCAGCCCAUGUUCUGGUCCGACGUGGGCCCCGACAUCGGCAUCGAGGCUAUCGGCAUUGUAGACGCUCAGCUGCCCACGGUGAGUGUGUUCUGUGAGGACGCGGUCAGCGAGGGGGUCUCUGACGUCAAGCUGCAGGCGGCGACAGCGGCCGAAGAGGCCGGGGCGGAGGCGGAGGCGGGGGCGGGGGUGCUGAAGCAGGGCCACUUCGAGGACCUGCUGGAGGCCGCCAAGCUGUUCUCGCUGCACGAGGCCGAGUGAACGACGCAUUUAUAUAAAACUUGUAAAUAGUAUUCAAUAAACAUUAAAUGACUCUCA